UCGCUCUAGAAAGAUAAAACCCCGUCUGUGAAGAUUCACUUAACCCCUGAGAUCCAUUCUGAGUUUCAUCCUGCAUUACACUUCCAUUAACUAAACAGGCCUGUGUGAUGUGGGACACAGAGUCUCUGCAAUAGAAGUCAUGAUGAUUGAAUGUGGUUCUAUUUGCGCACCACUAUUGGUCAGAUGUUCUUUCUAUAUGAUGUAGGUGAGGGGGCAGCAUGUGCCGAAAACAACACGACAUAAUACAGAAUAAUCAUCUCUUAUGUUUACAAAAACUAAUUGCAUUUUUAACUACUUUGCCAUAAAGUAAUCUGUUGGAUGGAAUGGGCGCAGUCCAAAGAGAGUCAGAAAAAGUCCUCAGCUGGCACCGAUGUUGUAGUUUUUUCAAACUUCCUGCUAAACACGAUUUAGACUUCGAUCAAUACAUCUCUAUUCAUACUGCAUUUGGACAACUUGUACCAUACACGAGAGGGGUGUGCGUCGGUCUCCAGACGGAUAGCCUUGUGAAGAAAGUGGUCAGUGCAGGAAUUGAAGCAGUAACUUCAUCGAGCUGAAUGCGGAUGUCCUCCGCGGCGCAUUGAGGCUGAUAAGGAACUGUAACCUCGGGAUGUGCCUAAACUCAGCUGCGCUUCUGCAAAUGUCCAACAUUUAAUUCGCACUGAGCGAGUGUUUUUUCAUACUGACGUUUCAUUAGUCGGCAGACAAAAUGGGAAGCACUGUGAAGAAAAAGGACUUGGCGAAGAAACCCUCGAGGAAGAAGCGAUCUCUGCGAUUAAACAUGCCAGAUUUGAGUACAUUUGCAUCCUCUCUUAUGGAUAGAGAGACGGACAGAUCUGAUAAAGAUGAAAUGCAAAAGGAGGAGAGAAGUGGUUCACCCAGCCCAAUCAAAGGCUCUUGUGUGAGGUCUCCUACCAGCCAGCCGUGUACCCCAGUUGCAUCCCUAUUUCCCAGGACCAGUCCAAGCUCCCCCAGACCCGUCUUCCCCCGUCCACCAUCUUCUCACCAGGACUCACCUCCAAAAUCUCCCCGCCGGCUCAGUUUCAGUGGUAUCUUCCGCUCCUCGACCAGCUCAGCUCCUGCCAGCAUCAAGCUAUUCUCCAGAUCUAGAAAAGGUUCUGGGCUUUCCACUCCCCCCACUACCCCGACGCAGAGUCCAGUUCUGCCCAUCUUCACUAUGGAGAAUCCUAGUCCUCCAGAGCGCGUAGAGGAACGCCGCUCCCGCUCUCUGUCCUCUCCCCCCGACACAGGUCAGCGCUUCAGCCUGACCCCCUCCUCCACCAAACCCCCUAUUGCCUCGUACACCUUUAACUCUACCUCACGCCAGAGUUGCGGAUUUGCUGAAGGCAUGUUGGAAAAACUUGAACUGUAUGAUGAAGCUGCUGAAGAGCCAGACAGUGAGAUUUACAUGCGCUUUAUCAAAUCCCACAAGUGCUAUGACCUCAUCCCAACUAGUUCCAAACUAGUGGUCUUUGACACUACACUACAGGUAAAGAAAGCUUUCUUUGCACUGGUUGCUAACGGAGUACGAGCAGCACCAUUAUGGGAAACCAAAAAACAAAGCUUUGUGGGAAUGUUAACCAUCACAGACUUCAUCAUCAUACUCCACAGAUACUACAAAUCUCCACUGGUGCAAAUAUAUGAGCUGGAAGAGCAUCAACUUGAGACUUGGAGAGAACUUUACCUGCAAGAAACUUUUAAACCCUUAGUCAACAUAUCUCCAGAUGCAAGUAUAUUCGAUGCUGUUUACUCGCUUAUCAAAAAUAAGAUCCAUCGUCUGCCGGUGAUCGAUCCUGUCACAGGAAACGCACUCUACAUCCUCACACACAAGAGAAUCCUCAAGUUUCUACAGCUCUUUGUUUGUGAGAUGCCCAAACCAGCCUUCAUGAGACAAACUUUAGAUGAACUGGGCAUUGGCACAUACAACAACAUAGCUUUUAUUUACCCAGAGACACCCAUUUUUAAAGCACUGGGCAUCUUUGUGGAUAGGAGAGUUUCUGCCCUGCCUGUGGUGGAUGCUGCAGGGAAGGUUGUGGACAUUUACUCCAAAUUUGAUGUCAUUAACCUGGCUGCUGAAAAGACCUACAAUAAUCUGGACAUUACCGUGACCCAGGCUCUCCUGCACCGCUCGCAGUACUUUGAGGGUGUUAUGAAGUGCCAUCGGCACGAGACCCUGGAGACAAUAGUGGACAGAAUCGUCAAGGCAGAGGUUCACAGGCUGGUAGUAGUGGAUGAGAAUUCAAGCAUUGAGGGCAUCAUCUCUCUGUCUGAUAUCCUGCAGGCACUCGUACUCACCCCCGCAGGAGGACAAAGGAGGGACAGUGUGACAGAAUGACAUUUUGCAGGCGUAAAUAAAAUAAAGGAAAGUUUCCGUUUGGAAAACUGACAGGUCCAGACGGCAUUCCUGAUCGGACACAGAGAAGACAGCAGGAUAUAUCAACAUCCAUUUUUAGGUCCUCUUUUGAGGGCCGCAUAUCGAGCAGAAUGAUACCGUUAAAAUCUACAGCAUUAGGAAUGAAGAUGUGAUCAUAACGCACACAUUAUUUGAGGUUUACAGUCAUCUGCCGCUAUACUGUACACUGCUUUAAAUGCUGGGCAUGUUUGUCCGGUCGUGCUGCUGUUGAUAGCCAUCAUUGACAAAUCUAAUUUAGGCACAGAGAGGAAGUCUCCUUUUGUGUUCUGGCAUGGUCUGUGUUAUAUCAUUGGCACUGUAAUCCAUUUUUGGUGAGUUAUCUGAAGUGGAAACUUGCCUUAAUUUAAGACCUCGCUGAGAAUUGAUUGUAUUGGUUAGCUGAAACCCAUAAACUUGCUGGUUCUUGUGCAAUAGUCAGCAAUUGCCAUUGUUUGUGUUUGAAAAGAACUGGAUAUCUUAUAAGAUGGUGGAAGUGUAUGUAAUGAAAUCCAAAGUAAGAGAAAAUGUUGCAUUGAGAAACGAAACUUGUUUUUAGGGCCAUUAGGAUUAAUUUUAUUUAAUAAUAAAAAAGCCCAUUUCCCCCUCGUAUUUUCAUAAAUCGGGAUGAUUUUAUUUUAAGUGGUGUGUUCAUUAGAUUCUCAUUACUGUAAUACAUAUUUUGCGGUGAAUACAGUCAUAUUUUCAUGAGCGAUUAUUUUUUAAUAAAUCAAAACCAUUACAACAUUAAAAAAUGUUCAAACACUUUUUUUGCAUUAUGGUAAUGAGGAGAGGGUGGAUUUUUAAUAAGACACAUUUUCUUGAUGCAAGAUUUAUUGUGGCUUUCUUUUGAUGUUGUGGGUAAAAUAUAAUCUGGACAGGUUUCAUGAGAUUGCCUUUUUGUCUGAUACUGUAUCAACUGUGCCUUUACACCCUAUAAAUUAGAAACCCCUGUAAGGAGAGAUGAAUGUAUUACUAAAGUGAGUGUACACUGAAUGUUUAGGGCUGUAUUUUUACUGGAACAAAGAAUGUGCCAUGAAAUGAGACUAUAUAUAUAUAUAUAUAUAUAUAUACAGAACUUUAUUUUUCUAUUUUGGUGUGGAAAAUGGUGUGUGCUACCCAAGGAAUGCACUAAAGAGCAUGAAUGUCAAAGCUUGCAGUUGCCAAUGGAUAACACGCUUCUUUGCACCUCCGUUUAUAUGCUGGACUACUGUAAAUAUAAGUGCUCAGACAACACAUGCAAUAUACUGCUUCACAUGUGUGGGUUUAAAAAUGAAUCUGUUUUUGAUUGUAUUUUAUAUCUGUUUUUCAUUUCACUAUGGAAUGUUUCGGUCUAGAAAUUGUACCAACAGAAAAUGACACUUAUCGUUUUAAUUUCUUAAGCAGUUGAGCUGAAAUAUAUUGAAAAUGUUUUUGUCUGAAUUGUGUUUUUGUGGGUGUGUUUUUUUUAAGGAUUGCAGUCAUUCAUUUUCCUAGAAAAUUGUCAAAUAUAUAACUUCAGCAGAUCUACUCGAAUAAUAAGGAUACUCCAGUGCACACUUGGGUACUACAUGGUGAACUACUACAGUACCAUGUUUUACUAAUACUUUGUGUAAAUUAGCUAAUGCAUUAACUAAAAUUCAUAAAUUAAACCUAUUGUAAUUCCAAUA